UCCAUAUUUAUGGAUGUUUCUCAAUAUGUCAAGGUUCUAGAUUUGGCUCUUUGAUGCAACAGACUUUGGCAGCCCUGAGCCCCCACAACAACACAGAAUCACACUUUCUCAAAGUGCAAGCAAGUACCAUUUGCCGCAUUGUAUAGCCAUGGCUAUGCUUCAAACGGGACUGCAGACCUUCAAUUGUCCCAUGGUGGGAUUGGGUACUUGGCUCAGCUCCCAAGGCCAAGUGGGACAGGCUGUGGAUUGGGCCUUGGAAGCCGGAGUUCGACUCAUUGAUACGGCCUACAUGUAUCAAAACGAGAAAGAAAUUGGAGACGCUCUCAAGAAGUGGUUCGAUUCGGGCAAACUCAAACGCUCUGACUUGUUCAUUGUGACCAAAUUGCCGCCCAUGGGCAUGAAAGCGUCUAACGUGGAGAAGUACUUGAAGAAGAGCUUGGAAGCUCUUCAAUUGAGCUACGUGGAUCUGUACUUGAUCCAUUGCCCGUUUGGUUUGAAAGAGGAUGAUAACUCCGUGAAUUUCAAGUUUCGGGAGGGUGCUCAAGUAAUCAUUGAAACGGACGAUCACGUGGCCCUGUGGCAUCAAAUGGAGCGCAUGUUUGACUUGGGUCUCACGAAGAGCAUUGGUGUGUCUAAUUUCUCCAGCUCUCAAAUCGACCGAAUCAUGGACAUUGCCCGCAUUCGGAUUGCCGUGAAUCAAGUCGAAUGCUACGCCUACUGGCAACAAAAAAAUCUCAGGAAGACCAUGGAAAAGUAUGGCAUCAAACUGAUGGCUUAUGGUCCCUUGGGGUCGCCUGGUCGGCCAUCCCAAGUUUUCAAAGGAACAUUACCGGCAGUAUUACAAGACCCCGUGGUGACAACCAUCGCACAAAAGUGGAACAAAACCCCAGCUCAAGUACUGCUUCGACAUUUGCUCCAAUUGGGGUUCAUCGUGAUCCCCAAGAGCGUCAACGAGGCUCGCAUAAAAGAGAACUCACAAGUGCUUGAUUUCAAUCUCUGCAACGAGGACAUGGUCAUUUUGAACGGACUGGAUCGCGGGAUCAAAGGUCGAACCUUCUUGUUCGAUGUCUUUCCCACGGACAAAGAUGCCACCAAAGAGCCCGAGUAUCCGUUCAAUGAUGAGCGUGACAAUUACUCCAUGUUUGAUGUCCAAGAAGCCGGGGAUGGAAAGUCUCCCUCUGAAAAGGAUACGAGCUCAGCUGCCAAUUGAGUGACAUAUUGCCUGUUUUUCCGGACCAACCCAUGGAAAUGGCCUUUUUAUGCAGACACCAUAGGGAGAAUAAUUUCUUAAUCAAUCUACUUCAUUACUAACCAUGAGAGAAUUACAGCAAUAUAUUUCUAUUGAUAUUGAA